UUUCCAAUACAUAAUAAGGGUAGUAUAGUAAAAAUACUAUUAUCUCUCUUACUUUUAACUACUUUUCUUAAUAUGUGUGAAAUGGUGGGCUGGGUCACUCAUUGUGGGACGGAGGGAGUAAUGAUGAUUAGAUGUGUAAUGACGCUCAGGGGUAUGUAAAACCAUGUUUAAUUGUUUGUGAUUAGGGUAAUUAAAGGAAUUUAGUAGUAAUUGAUUUUUAUAUAUUAAAGUAGAUUUUAUUGCUUAUAAAAAAAAAAGACAACCAAAACAUCUUUUCAUUUUCUUAACAACCUAGAAUUACUCAAAUAAAACACUUUUAUGAGACUUUAUAAAUAUUGUAUUAAGUAAAUUAAAUAACUGAUAAUCCCGAAUAUUCAAAGUCUAUAAGUUACAAUCACAACAACCUACAUUGUGCCUAGUGGGAUCAAUUUUCACAUAACUAUCAAAGAUAUUAUAUGAACGAAAAAUGUGAUACGUUAGAUCAUGAGAGCAAUCAAUUAACUCGAAAGAAUAACAACCUUUGAUUAACCACAAACCAACUCGUAAGAACUCCAAAACACCAAUCAAAACCCAAGCGUCAUUCCGACCCACGCUAAGCCUGACACACCGAAUAAUUUCCCUUCCCGCAAAAACAAACUCAAAGCUAGUAUACGUACGUACUAUUUUUGCCCGAAAACGUUACUACCACUCACACUCACUCCUCAACUCUUCACCCCCCAAAACUGCAAUCCUUUCUCUCAAUCCUCAAAACCCUAUUCUCACUCUUCCUCUCCCCAACCUAACCUCUAGCAAACCAUUUUUUUCUUCCAUUUUCGGUUUUUGCGCAGUGAUCGAUCGAUCGAUGGAAUCACCGGUUGAUUUUUUACUUGCUAAACGCAAAGCUUCAACUGGAACUUCAUCUGAGGAAGGAUGCAAAAAACCAAGGAUAUCAAGUGGCAGCUUGCCACAUUCUCAUGGUAAUUUUGUAGGUGACAAAAAUCAGCUUGCCAUCUCGAAUGUCAUAGAUUAUUCAGAGAGCAGAAAAUUUGGAAGCGUGACAAAGAAUAUUGAAGCCCUUAUGGCCCAAAGAAUGCAAAUAUUGGGCCCUUACAUCCCAAAAUAUCCUAGACUUGCGAAUCAAUUAAUGAAAGUUGUGACAGAUCAUGAUGAAAAAACGCUCAACUCAGAAAAUAAAAAAGUUAAUGGUAUGUCACCUCAAAAUGCCAUAGAUUUGGAUGGGGAGCACAUUGAAAAGGAUGUUUUGACACCAAGAAGAGAAAAGGAUGUUCCAGCAUCACCAACUGUUGUUGUUAUCAUUGAUUCAGAUGAGGAAGAUGAUAGGGAUCAAAAAUGUUUUCUUCCGUUUCAGCCUCCUGCAUUAAAAAUGAUUGGCUAUCAUGCUCCCAUUGCUUGUCAUGGGGAAAGUGUAGAUCUAAAAUUUGAAGCAAGUCCGCAUCCUAAAGAUAACACAUGGAAAGAUGAAGGUUUUUAUGUUGAUGCACGUGAGGAAGAAGAUACUAAGGUUGAUGCUGAAACAAGUCUGCCUCCUAAAGAUAACACAAGGAAAGUUAAAGGUGUUCAUGUUGAUGUACACGGGGAAGAAGAUGACAAGGUUGAUGCUGAAACAAGUCUACCUCCUAAAGAUAACACAAGGAAAGAUGAAUGUGUUUAUGUUGGUGUACAUGAGGAAAAAGAUAAGAAGGCUGAUGCUGAAACAAGUCUGCCUCCUAAAGAUAACACAAGCAAAUAUAAAGGUGUUUAUGUUGGCGUACAUGAGGAAAAAGAUAAGGCUGAUGUUGAAACAAAUCUUCCUCUUAAAUAUAACACAAGAAAAUAUAAAGGUGUUUAUGUUGGUGUACACGAGGAAGAAGAUACUAAGGUUGAAGCUGAAACAAGUCUGCCUCCUAAAGACAAAACAAGGAAAGAUAAAGGUGUUUAUGUCGGUGUACACGAGGAAGAAGAUAAUAAGGUUGAUGCUGAAGAUGAAAGGCUAGAAGAUAUUUGGAGGGAGAUGUCUAUGGCAAUAGAAACUUCUAAAGAUGUUUCUGCAGAUCAUCUACCAGAAGAAGAAGAAGAAGAAAAGGAUGCUGACUGUGAUCACUCUUUUGUUUUAAAAGACGAUCUGGGUUAUGUUUGUCGUGUUUGUGGGGUUAUUGACAGAGGAAUUGAAACCAUAUUUGAGUUCCAAUACAAGGUUAAAAGGAGCACAAGAACUUACAUGUCCGAAUCCUGGAAUGCCAAAGCAAAAAAUGAUUUAUUUGAAGCUAAGAUUGCGGAAGAUGAUCUCAUGGUAACGGAAAUUUCAGCACAUCCUAGGCAUGCAAAUCUAAUGAAACUGCACCAAGUCGAAGGAUUCAAUUUUCUUGUCAGAAACCUGGUGGGGGACCAUCCUGGAGGAUGCAUUCUGGCUCAUGCUCCAGGAUCUGGAAAGACUUUCAUGAUUAUCAGUUUCAUACAGAGUUUUCUAGGAAAGUAUCCCAGUGCAAGGCCUCUAGUGGUGCUUCCUAAGGGAAUACUGUCGACUUGGAAAAAAGAAUUUCAGACAUGGCAAGUGGAAGAUGUACCACUCUAUGACUUUUACACUGCGAAGGCUGAAAGUAGAUCACAACAAUUGGAAGUCUUAAAAAAAUGGGUGGACCACAAGAGUAUCCUUCUCUUAGGAUACAGACAGUUCACUUCCAUUGUCUGUGAUGACUGCAAUAACAAUGUAUCAUUAUCUUGCCAAGAGAUAUUGCUUAAGGUUCCCUCAAUUCUCAUUUUAGAUGAGGGACAUACUCCCAGGAACGAGACUACUGAUACGGUACAGUCCCUUGCAAAAGUAAAAACACCAAGAAAAGUUGUACUGUCGGGAACCCUAUAUCAAAAUCAUGUCAAGGAGGUAUUCAACGUGCUGAACCUUGUUCGCCCAAAGUUUAAAUCGAUGGAAACGUCCAAGCCUAUUGUCCGACGCAUUAAGAGUAGGAUCCAUCUACCUGGUGUGAAUGACUUUUGUGAUUUGAUUGAAAACACUUUGCAGAAGGACCCGGAUUUUAAAAGGAAAGUGGCUGUUAUACAUGAUUUGCGGGAGAUGACCAGUAAGGUACUGCACUACUAUAAAGGAGAUUUUCUUGAUGAGCUUCCUGGCCUAGUAGAUUUUACUGUGGUGCUCAAACUUACACCUAGACAGAUGCAUGAACUUGAUAAAGUAAAAAGGAUAUCUGGAAAGUUCAAGAUGGCUUCUGUAGGUAGUGCAGUAUAUCUGCACCCAAAAUUGAAACCAGUUGCAGAGAAAUGGGGUGAAAAUUCUAUAUCUGAUCAUAUAAGUGAUGAUCUAAUAGCAAACCUAGAUGUGAGAGAUGGAGUUAAAUUAAAAUUCUUUCGCAAUAUGCUGAACCUAUGCGAAUCAGCUGGGGAGAAGCUUUUGGUGUUCAGUCAAUCUCUCUUGUCUUUAAAAUGUUUGGAACGGUUAGCUAUGAAAUGGAAAGGCUGGAGUGUUGGCAAAGAAAUUUUUGUAAUUUCAGGAAAAUCAUCCACUGAAGAAAGAGAGUUUUCCAUGGAAAAGUUCAACGGUUCACCUGAGGCGAAAAUAUUCUUUGGGUCAAUUAAAGCAUGUGGUGAGGGUAUAUCGUUGGUUGGGGCAUCCCGUGUCAUCAUCUUGGAUGUGCAUUUGAACCCGUCUGUUACUCGUCAAGCUAUUGGCCGUGCUUUCCGGCCAGGCCAGAAAAGGAAAGUGUUUGUGUAUAGAUUGAUAGCUGCUGAUUCUCCAGAAGAGGAAGAUCACAAUACUUGUUUCGAGAAGGAGUUAAUUUCAAAAAUGUGGUUUGAAUGGAAUGAAUAUUGCGGUGACAGAGCUUUUGAAGUUGAGACACUUGAUGUGAAGGAAUGUGGUGAUAUGUUUCUAGAAAGUCCAUUGUUAGGGGAAGAUGUAAAAGCUCUGCAUAAAAGGUGAUCUGUGGCAUUCAGCGAACAGUUUUAGCAUUGAGAGGCUUGCUGAAUUGAAUUGGUUGUCUUUAUACUAUUCAUAUAGUUUACAUAUGAUUCUGAACUUGUUUGUAUUGCAGAAAUCUUCUGCUCUAACAUUGCUAUUGCAUCAACUGAUUAGAGAAAUGUUUUAAAA